AUGUGUCUCGUUGGACAUCACGCCAUCGUGGAAUGGGAAAGUAAAAAUCCUACAAGUUACAUAACGUAUAUCGUUCUGACUCUUUCUUUUAUUUUUAAUAUCUUUAUAUUAUGUUACAUCGGUGAGCUUGUUGCCGAAAAGUAUAAGAAGAUCGGCGAGGUGUCAUAUACGAUCGACUGGUAUCGUUUACCAGGAAGAAAGAGCCUCGACGUCGUGUUGAUGAUCUCUAUGUCCAAUACGUCGAUCAAACUUACCGCCGGAAAUAUCUUCGAGUUGAAUUUCAGCACUUUCAGCGACGUGAUUAAAACGUCGGUCGCCUACUUUAACCUGCUGCGUACAGUAACGUAA